UGAAAGUCUAAACCCUAUUGCAUAUAUAGUCUAUAGAUACGCCUCCCUGCCUUUAAUUAUUUACAUCAAAGAAGUUAUAUCUGUCAAUGCCACUCCAUACUUAAAACUUUAAAUAAUUUGCAAGACGUCGUGUGUUCCUUUUUUCCAUCUUUCAUAAAUACUAAUAUUCUCUCUGGUGUCAUCAUCGAUAGGCAUUUGUUUGUUGAGAUCAUGCAGCCGAGAGAGGAGAGGAGAGCUGAGUCACCAUCAUCAGGUCUCGUCCUCACCACCGAUCCUAAGCCACGCCUCCGCUGGACCACAGAGCUUCAUGAACGUUUUGUUGACGCCGUUACUCACCUUGGAGGCCCUGAAAAGGCUACACCAAAGACGAUAAUGAGAGUGAUGGGUGUGAAGGGUCUCACGCUUUAUCAUCUCAAGAGCCAUCUCCAGAAGUUCAGGCUUGGAAAGCAGCCUCACAAGGAGCAUAGUCAAAAUCACUCUAUUAACAUUAUGGACACUAAUAGAGCUUCCAUGCUGGAUCUUCAAAGGAAUGUUGUAUUCACUACUCCGCACAUCAUUGGUCGCAAUAUGAAGGAGAUGCCAAUGGAAGUGCAAAGAAGGAUAGAGGAAGAGGUGGAAGUAGAAAGGCAGGUGAAUCAAAGGUUAGAAGCACAAGGGAUAUACAUGGAGAGCAUGUUAGAGAAAGCAUGUGAGACCCAAGAAGCAAGCCUCACUAAAGACUACUCUACUCUCUUUUUCGACCGAACCACUAUUAGUAACAACACAUCAUCCCUCCCAAUCCCAUGGUUCGAGGAUCAUUUUCCCUCAUCUUCCUAUAUGGACUCCACAUUGCAUCUCCCUGACAUCAAUUCCAACUUCUCCCUCCAAGAUUCUCGGAGUUCCAUCACCAAGAACCGUACGGUUUGUCUCGGUUAGAGAAGACAUAUAUAGGUCUAGCUAUUUGACUCUUAAUAGUCUAGUUUCUACUGCGCACUUGGUGUAUAAAUGCACAAAUCUACAUGUAAUAAAUUCUGGCAAAUAUGCAAAUGAAGUAGAUCUUCGUUGUGCACUCUAUAUAAAAAUUUGAUGAUGUGAAAUAGAUGGUGAAGUAGGUUA